AUGGCUGCCUACGUCCCCAAUACCGCCGAAGAUAAGAAGCUUGUCUGGAAGAUCGAUCGUCAGCUGAUGAGUGUUAUUUGGGUCAUGUAUAUUUUCAACUACUUGGAUCGGACUAAUAUUGGUAACGCUCAACUCGCCGGCCUCAGCGAUGAUCUGAAUAUGAGUUCUCAAGACUACAACUGGGCUUUAUCUAUCUUCUUUUUCGGAUAUGUCCUUUUUGAGGUUCCUUCAAACAUGAUCCUCUCGCGAAGCCGUCCCUCCGUCUUUCUUCCAUCUAUCAUGGGCUUGUGGGGUGCCCUUUGCUGCUGCAUGGCUGCAGUCAACAACUUCGCCGGCCUAUGCGCACUGCGUUUCGUCCUUGGUUGUGUUGAGGCCGGCUUUGCUCCCGGUGUCCUAUUUCUCAUGUCGACAUGGUAUACAAAGCUGGAGCAGGCUCGUCGCUUUGCUGUAUAUUGGUCAGCGGCGGUAGCCUCCGGCGCUUUUGGUGGUUUACUCGCUGGCGCCAUUACGUCUGGCCUCGAUGGUGCUGGUGGCUUGGAGGGUUGGAGAUGGCUCUUUAUCAUUGAGGGAGUUGCCACUGUCAUUGCCUCUGCCUUUGCCUAUAAAUUCCUCUUUGAUUUUCCCGAAACUACUAAAGGAUUUACCGAACGUGAGCGCGAGCUGCUCAUUGCCAGACUCCAGUAUGACGGACAUGCUGACGUUGACAGUACAUCCCACGUGAGCCCAGUGCAGGCGAUGUGGAUGGCCUUCAAGGACUGGCGUGUCUGGAGUAUGGUGCUCAUCUACAGCAUGAUCGUUGGUGCUGGAACCAUCUCUUACUUCCUGCCUGUCUUGACCAAGAGUCUCGGCUACUCUCAGGUCACUGCCCAGUACAUGACUGUCCCAAUCUACAUGGUGGCCCUCGUCUUCGCAAUUGCUUCAGCCAUCUCAUCCGAUUACUUCAAGGACCGUCGCUUCCACAUUGCUGCGUUCUCAGCUUUGGGUCUGGUAUCCUGUAUUGUCGCAGCCUCUGUGCUAAACCCGACUGUGAGAUACGUCAUGCUCUGCUUCCUGGCAGCCGGCGUUUGGUCCGCGCUGCCUAUGGCCCUUACCUGGACUUCCAACAUCAUCCAAUGGCCCCGUGAGAAGCGAGCCGUUUCUCUUGCAAUGGUUAAUGCCAUUGGAAAUCUGAGCUCGGUUUACGGCAGCCGCAUUUGGCCCUCAUACGACGCUCCGCGAUACGCCAUUGGUUUCGGUACCACAGCUGGCUUCUUGUUUCUCGCCGUGGUGCUUGCUAUAGUCAUUGGAUGGGCCUCUAUCAAAUGGCCUCACGAUGCGUAUGUAAGGAAGCAGAUCGAAAAGGCUCAGGGGUCUGCACCAUCACCUCUACCGGUUAGCGCUGAUUCCUGA